UAUUUUACGGAUGUUUUGCUUCGCGCCGAUUUCCAGUUUCAUUUCUGAGCACGAACUAUAAGACAUACACGCGAUUUUUAUUUCAUUGUUAUUUUUUAGUGCAAUGUUCCGAUUAUUGUUUGUUGUUGUGGUGUUCGCCUUAUCAGGUACAUGUGAAAUCGUGGGACGCCGUCGGGCAGUGCCCGUGAUCCAUCUAAGAGGGUCUCACUAUGAAGUUGGUUAUGAUGUGGGGAGAACAUUUUCAUCACUCAUCAAGGAGUUCAUUGCUACUUACGCAAAUCUCAGAGACUUCGAGAAGGAAUACAAAACGGAGCCGGGGAAGGAGGCGUAUGAGAAAACACUGGCCAAUAUGAAGGAGCGGUAUCCUUACUAUGUGAAAGAAAUGCAGGGUGUCGCUGAUGGUGCUAAAGUACCGUUCUAUCAGCUGUUCCUCCUGCAAUUAGAUGAUAUCAUUGGAACAAUCAAUGACAACCACAUCCCAAGAAAUGAUACAGGUGGCUGCAGCUCCCUUGGAAUACAGACCCCCAACGAAGCUGUAUUAGCACAUACCGAAGAUGCUUUCAGCGAAACCCUAAAUCACUUCUACAUAAUGUCAGCUCAUAUUAUCCCGACCCAAGAAGAUAGAGAUCAUGGCGCCGUUGAAGAGAGAUUCGCAUCGUUAUGCUACGCCGGCCACAUGCCAGGUUACACAAUGGGAUAUAAUGAAAAUGGGCUGGUCUUCUCCAUUAACACUCUUAGCCCUAUGAUAUUGAAACCUGGAAAUACUCCAAGGACAUUCAUCACGCGAGCUUUGCUGAGCGCAAAGAACUUAGAAGAUGCGACAAAGAUCCUGACCGAUGAAGGACUUGGAGCCGGCAACGGUUGCUCCGUCAACAUGAUAUGGACUGACGAAAAUGGGGAACGAAGCUUGUACAACGUCGAGAUGGCCCCAGAUCUAACAUCCAACAAGUCUCUGCUAAAUAUCAAAAAAUUUGAAAACGAUGUACUGAUUCAUACUAACAAGUACUUACGCCUCCAAUUAAAAGAAGUAGAUGGCCCAAUCAUAGACAGCAGCAACGCUCGCCUAGAAGCCAUUUUCAAACAUCCCACACCAAAGACCCGCGACGACCUUCAAGACAUUUUGUCCGAUACGACGAGACAAGACUUCCAAGUGUUCCAGGAGAAGGAUGACUCCAUCAUUAAAACUAUCGCAGCUGGCGUAUUCGAUCUCAAGGAGAAGACAUGGAACAUUUACAUCAACAAACCUAAUGCAUCUGAACCAGUCGCAAUUCUACCGAUACGAUUCACUAAUAUAGGAAAAUAGAUUAAUUAAUCAAAUGUUAUACUAGUUAGUUUGCUAGAAGUGUGCCUUAAUUAUUCGUUUUUUGUAUUCAGUUUGUGGCAAUAUUUGAGGAAGAUUAUAAUAUUUUAAUGUUAUACAAAAUAAACACUAAAAAGGUGAUCA